AUGACUUCAUACAAACAAUCACAACUUUCCCAGUACAGGUUCGACUUUGUCGUAGCUGUGACUCAAGCCAGUAUCAAUGCGACCAUGAAAACCUACCUGGCCGGUUUCAAAGAGCCUGAGAUGAAGAUCUGCUAUGUCGUCGGCCACGAUCCCACCACCUCACAAGUUGUUCCGACGGAGAUUGAGUUUGCGAAGCUCCUCGAAUUGACCGAGGGAGUCGAUCCCUUUACCGUGAACAUCCCGGCAACGAACCCAGAGAACGACCCAAAUUUCCAAAAAUUGAUCAAGGCAAAGUUCAUGACGGGCUUCAAAGUCCAGAUGGGCAUUCCCAACGCAGCCGAUCUUACCAAGUUGCCAAAUAUUGUGGGACUUCGAGCCGAUACAGCCACAGUGGAAUACAAUCUUCUCUGCAGCGAAUUCACCAUCGCCGCUCUGCAGAACGAAUGGGGAACCUAUUCUUGGCUCCAGAAGUCGCAGGAUCCCAACAAACCCUGGCUUUAUUCCGCCACAGUUGAUCUGCGCAUGGCGGAAGUUCCCAGCUCGGCCUACAGCAAGCUUCCCAAGGACGUCAAGGACAAAAUCAAGAACCUGUCAGGCUCAGCAUUCAGCAUCCAGCAGUUGCUGUUUGACCUCAGCAAUGCGGGCUUGUCUAGUGCUGCCAGGGUCGAUGGCGUUCAAGCGGGCUCAGCCCUGGAGACCAUCCUUAACCGAUACUUUGUGUCCAAGUAUGUCGCGAAGCUGCGCGAUGAGGGUAGUCCUAUGUUGGGAUUGGCCGUCGUCCCAUACGAGACAGACAAGUCCAGCCUGACGCUCACGGACCUGAACUUCUCUACCAACCCCUAUAUUGAUCCCACUGGUGGGGAUGUAGUGCUACCUCCUGGAGAGCGUGAGCAGAAUCUGGCUUGUCUCAACUAUUUAUGCGCGGUCAACAAAAACGUCCUUCCGCCUCCAACUCGAUUUCCCUGGAAUUGGUUGGAAGCCGGUGAUCUCGCAGAUCAUGACGGAGUCGUCUCCGUCAAUCGAAACAAUAUGCGGGAUUGGCUCGAGCCUUCACUGAAGGCAGUGGCCAAAAAGCACUGCCUCAAUCCAACAGCCUGGGCGCAGCAUCAUGACGGCAACCUUCUGAAGCUAUACGUGAAGAUAUUUUUUGGACCCGAAGAGCAAGAGCCGGUGAUCGAGCGAAAAGAAGAAGGGCCGACGGUGCUGACCCUAUCGUUCUCCGGAGCUGCCAGCGACGAUGACCAAGCGGGAUCGAUCAAGCUAGAGUACAAGUACACCCUGAAUGUGGAUUUCGUCGGCACCAAUAUCGUCAUCACUCAGAACGUCUGGGUGUGGUAUGAAGCCCACGCCGUGUCAGCAUCGAAUCAUGAUGUUGUUGUUGAUGACCUCCAGACAGACACUUAUCCCAUCACCGUCAGCAACGGUGAGCUCAUAGUAGGCGAAUCAAAGAAAGAACCUAUCCAGCACAGAGCCCACCCUCAGGACAGGAACAGCUUUGUUGGUGCCUUCACAGGACUCAACAGGAUCUCCGACGACAUUAAGGAUCAAUUGCGGGGACUUACAUCGAUCCAACUGGAAACCAUCCCAGUUUCUGCCAUGCAAGGAUUCGUGUUCCCAGGAGGCAACACGUUUGUUUUCAAGAACGCCGAGUUCUCUGAGCACCAGGACCUUCUUGCGUUCAUCAAGUACACAUCUUGA